CGGACAUACUUCAUCAGGACAAACCGGGCAAUUAAUCUGUUGAUCACAUACGCAUUGAACACGUGUAAGCUUCCUUGUACUUUGAGGAUAACGAUUUCGUCGUCUCCAGUCAUAUCUUCCAUUCAUUAUAUCCACAGAGUGUUCGCUGUCACUACACUGAUCACGUUCAUGGCUCUGCAUGAGUCUUUAGCCUAUGCGGCGUUCUUCUUCAUCCUGGUUCGACUAUAUUCUUGCUCAUUCAUGUCAACCCUCAACUCUCGGAGCAUCGUUCGACAACAGCUCAACGGCAGGGAUGACGAAGUGGUCACAGUGUCCAAAUUUGCUGCAGCGGAAGCGCAAGCAUCUCAAUUGGGGGAUCAAGCCGUCGGUGGCUUUGCGGGAGGAGUCAGCGGGUGA